GACAUAAAUCUUUGCAGAUCUUCACUCCUCAUACCUCCAGUGUUCUUUGUUGCCAAGCGUGUCAUCUCCUUUGAUCACUAUGGGUUUCUUCUUGAUUGCUGUUACCAGUCUUAUUGCUGUAGCAAGCGCCGCUCCAACUUAUGGCGGAGGAAGUGCUAACAAUGCCAAUAACAUGAAUAUGCCAGCGAAUAUGGGAAUGAACAACGGAGCUAUGAAUGCAAUGCCCGCUAAUACGAAUACGGCCGCUAUGAAUAUGAUGGCAACUAACAUGGGCAACAACAAAGGCGCCAUGAAUACCAAUGUGGCCAAUAUGAUGAACGCCGUUAACAUGAACAACAACAUGAAUGCCAAUGUAGCCAAUAUGAUGAACACCGUUAACAUGGGCAACAACAUGAACACGAUGCCAGCUAACAUGAAUAAUGCUGUAAACAUGAUGAUGGCAGCUAAUAUGGGCAACAACAAUGGAGCCAAUAUGGCAAAUAUGAUGAACGCAAUGAACAUGAUGCCAGCUAAUAUGGGCAACAACAAAGGAGCAAUGAACGUUAUGAUGCCAGCUAAUAUGGGCAACAACAACAAUGGAGCCAAUUUGGCAAAUAUUAUGAACGCCAUGAACAUGAUGCCAGCUAAUAUGGGUAACAACAAGGGAGCAAUGAACACUAUGAUGCCAGCUAAUAUGGGCAACAACAACAAUGGAGCCACAAAUGCCAACAUGGCAAAUAUGAUGAACGCCGUAAACAUGAUGAUGAUGAAUGGAGGAAACAAUGGAGCUAUGGGAAAUGUAAUGAUGCCAAACAACAUGGGACCUAAUAACAACGCUGGUAUGAAUAUGAAAUCCUCCUAUGUGGGGUAAACACCUGCAGAUAUUUUGCACCGUUGAACAAAAGACCCCGAGGAGCUCUGUUAUACGCCUUAUUUUCAUUUUUCAUGAAUAAUAAAAUAUAUUGCUAAAACACAUUGUCUAUUGUAUUUUGUAUUUCUCAUUUAUAAUUGCUAUCAAAAGCAUGCAUUGAUUACAAAUAAAA